GAAAAAAAUUUUGAAAAAAUAAAUUUAUGAAAAUAGUGUUAAAAGUGCUUUUGUGUUUUUAAUUGGAAUUUGAAACUUUUUAAAUACUCGUUACAGUUUAUUUAAAAUUUGAUUUCAAAAUUGAGCAAAGAAAUUUUCUGCUUCCCCAAAAUUAAUGGAUUAUUUUGCUGGAUUCUCUAUGAAUUAAUUUACAUACAAAAAAAGUUUACAAAAACGUUGUCUCUACUCGUAAUACAAACAAAAACUAAAAAUCCCAGUUUUAUUUUCAUUUCCUUAUGAAAAUUUAGUCCCCCUCCCCUACCAAUUAACGUUAUGGCUUUAAACUGCUGCCAUCAAAUUAGUUUUAGUUUUUUAAACAAAAAUAUGUGGUGUUUUACUUAAAAAAAAAAAAUAACAAAAAUUUCCAAUUCAAUUUUUUCAAUUGUUUUUAAUCCUCAAAAAGAAUACUUUAAUUUUACAACGGAAACAAAACAGUUUUAAACAAUAAAACCUAAACAAACUUGCCUUAAUUUUAAAACAUUUUAUUUUUUAAAAGUAAAAAACUAAAUACAAAUAAAUUAAAACAAAAUGGCGUUGCUCGAGGCGCGACCAUAUCGACCCUUCAAGUCAAGUGAAGAAUAUUUGGAAGCAAUGAAAGAAGAUUUAGCCGAAUGGAUGAACACACUUUAUCCGGAAUUAACAAUAAAUGCAGAAAAUUUUAUGGAUCGUUUGGAUACGGGUGUGGCAUUGUGCAAGCACGCUAACUAUGUACGCCAAGCAGCUGAAGAUUAUUUGGCCAGACGUCAGGCCCGCAACAAAUCAAUGACACGUUCGAUAACUUCCGGCUCGGCUGGUCCUAUUUUGGCCAUGGGCAAUGUACACUAUUUGCCAGGGGCAAAAAGCGGUACAUUCUUUGCUCGCGAUAAUGUAUCAAAUUUUAUAACUUGGUGCAGAAAAAGCCUUAAAAUUAUAGAGUGCCUAUUAUUCGAAACAGACGACCUCAUUAUGAGAAAAAACGAAAAACAUGUUAUUUUAUGCCUUUUAGAAGUGGCCAGAAGAGGAGCUAAAUUUGGCAUGCUCGCUCCCAUGUUAGUGCAAAUGGAACGACAAAUCGAUCGUGAAAUUGCCGCCGACAAUAAAGCCAAUGGCAUCGGUUGUGGCACACAAACCGAAAGCGAUUGCAAUGGCUCACAACAGACCGAUGUUGGAGUGGGCACCGAAACGGUGGGCACUGAAACCGAUAUAUUCGAUGACAGUGAUACAGAAAAUGAUGAAGAAGAUGAUCAAGGUCCCAUGCUAAUGUAUGGACCACAGCCACAAAUUAUUACCAAUGAUUUGAAGAGUUUAGAUGAAAUGGUCAGAGAUUUGGUUGAGAAAUGUACUUGCCCCUCACAAUUUCCCAUGGUUCGUGUAUCCGAGGGCAAAUAUCGUAUUGGUGAUACCAAAGUGUUAAUAUUCGUUCGUAUUUUACGUUCACACGUCAUGGUGCGUGUUGGCGGUGGCUGGGAUACACUCUCUCACUAUUUGGAUAAACAUGAUCCUUGUCGUUGCAAGGCCCAACAUCGUUCUUCGGUGGCUGCACGUUUAAUACCGCGAGCCAAUCAGCAAACAAAUGGUAUCGAACUACACAAGGCACAGGUGAUAUUUGAAAGAUCACCUCCUACUACACGCAAAAUGAUUUCCAACAUCAAUGCAAACACUAGCAACGCAAAUACCUCAUUAGCUUCGACUACACACUCUUCGUCAACCACUUCUCUACUAUCGCCCGGCUAUGGCGGAGGUCUCAACAAAAAUCGCAGUCCUAGUCCCAAUACCGCACAACGUCGUUACAACAACAAUCAUCAAUCGGAUCACAAUUUGAAUAUGGAAAAAUUACAUCCCUCACCCAACUCUUUGACUUCGCCCAAUUUGGCCAGACGUUCAAUGUCACCUAGUCCCAGACGUUUAAUAGACAUGCGCAAGAAGCAAUCAUCUUUGGAAACAUAUGGUGGUAAUAAUAGUGGUCCCAAGUCGUUGCCCAUAACAGCUGAAAUUGUUAAUGGUGUUGGCGGCGGUUAUGAUAACUAUGAUCAGUCGUCGGCCAUCGGUCAUGGUCAGAAUACAGAUGCCAGUGCAAAUAAUAGUAAUAAAUUUGAGAAUAUCAGUGAUAAUGGCAGUGAAAUAAGUGAUGAGGGUUAUCGCAGUUUGGGCGUUAUACAGUCGAAUGCCCAGAAGCGCGAAUCCCUGCACAGUCAGGCUUCAACCGAUGACGCUGAAAAUAAUGCGCGUCAUGAUCAAACAUCAAGUGAUUCUCAACUUUCGCCCAGCGAUGAGGCAACAACAUCACAAAAGACACCCGAAAAUAUAGAAAAUAUUUACACACCAAACGAUGACAUUUUAAUGACACAUCAUCAACACAUUGACGACAUUGGGCCACAAUCAUUGCCAGCUGUUUUGAAUGUGGCAGCAAUAGCCGCCAACUCUUUGCAGCAACAGCAGCAGCAACAACAAUUGGCACAUAAUAAAUUUGAACAAUCAGGUGUUUUUAUAACAGACGAUGAAAUAACCGUGGAUAUAGCCACCAAUACAGGCUUAAGGAAAACCGGAUUUUCAAAUAAAAUCUUUGGACUCAAUGAAGGUGAUGAUGUUGAUGUAACUGAUGCUAAAGUAUCCGCAACAGAAACGACUAAUAAAAAACCACAAAAGGCUACUAAAAUGUCGGCAAAUCAACAAGCAGCAGCUGCAGUAACAACAAAUAAAAGUAAAAUACCAUUUUCACCCAUGGCCACGCCACAAAGAAGACGUAGCAUUGACAAUAGCACUUGCCGCACAGGAAGUUUACAGGAUUUACACUCACGCACGGGCGUGCCAGUCUUUAGUCGCAACAAGCCUGUUUAUAGAUCGGUAAGAAAACCACCAACUAGCAUUGGUGUUGCCACUGACACCAGAAAGAGUAAAUCACCAGCACCCUCCGGAGGUUCCCAAGCGGCCGUGGGUCGUGAUGUUACCAAUACAUGGAGUGGCAGGUCUAUUAUGAAUGGUGGCCGCAAACGUCCUACAUUAACAAGUGAUACCUUUACACCCAACUCGAAUGGAGCUGCGGCUUCACCAUUUGAACGCAACUCCAAAACCAGAUCAUCCCAUAUUCUUUACGAUAGUAAUGGACGCCGCAUUAAAGGCUGCACAGCCUCCUUGACCACUUCACCAACUAAGAAUCAUGCCAAUUCCCCCUUGGCUCAACAGCUGUUGGAGGCGGCCAGCAGUGCUAGAAAUGAUGCCCAGAUUUUGGAGAAAAUGAAAACACUACUUUUGCAAUAUUCCACAACCAACAAUAAGGUACAAACCUCAACACCCCGAUCACAAAACAGCAAGAAACCCGACUAUGAGGACUUUACUACGGCUUGGGUGCACAGCAAUGGCAAUUUGGAACGCUCCAACAGUUGUUCACCACCCACUAAAUCCUUGUCGAAACGCAGUUCAGCGGCCAGCUCUUGUGGCAGCACUCAUUCACGUGAUAUGUCGGUGGUGGUGUCGCCACGUCGUGAUCGUGGCAUGUCUAAGAUUCCAGCGCCUGUGCGCCAACAUACCGAACUCUACUAACAAAGAAUGUCACCACAGAUCCGUCGGAUAGUGGGAUGUCAAAGAUUACCUAGAAAACCCUAGCAUUUAAGGAGACAAUUGUCAUCAUCUUCAUCCAACUUAAAAUACUAAACAGAACAGAAUUAUUAAGAAAAGGAUCUAUAUAAGUAAUGAAAGGAAAUAGGAAUGAAUGUUAGAUUUUUAUAGCAAAAACAAUUAAGUGAAAUAGUAUUUAAUAAGUCUAGCAAGUUUUUUUUAUACAUGACAUGAUGAUUUAUAAGGAUUAAAUUGGAAAUUUUUAUAGGAAAAUAAUGAAAUCAAUAAUUAGAGUUACAGAUUUAGUAAAUUUAUGAAAUAGGAAAUAAGAAAUUGAACAAGAAUGUGUCAGAAAUUCAAAAUCGUAAGAAGUUUUAAAGAAUUAGCAACUUUCCUUUCCUCUUUCUAAAUUGUCUUAAUGAAUAUAAAUAUUUUACUAUAAACUGAUCAAUUUUUUAGACUAUAGACCAUUCAGACUUCCUGUAAAGUUGAAACUUGUCCUUUUUACGGACUUUAAGAUCUUUUAAUGUCAAUUAAGAAUAAAAUUCAGAAAAAGCUUUACAUAAGUUAACUUUCGCUCUUUCUCUCUUAAAUCCCAUUAUAUUUACAACCAUUCUCUAUUUAAUCUCGAAAUUGUUAAUCCCUCAAAAUUGAUUUUGAAUUUCUGCCCCAUUUAGUUCAAUUAAACUUAACUCAACUCGAAUACAGUUGUAGAGAAGCGAUUGAUAAAACCAGAUAAAACAAACAAAAAAAAAAACCUAGAGAGACUGCCAUAAUUUUUAUAAACAAAUAAUAGCAAGUAUGAUAAUCUAAAUGAAAUUAUAUAUAAAACAAUUUUAAAAUUCGCUAAACCUUACUUCCCUCACCUCCCCCCAAUAUAGACCCAAUCAAGCAUUUACACCUAAAAACUAGAUUAAGUAAGAAAAUAGAAAAAAACCUUCCACUUAGCCACACAAAUCAGGAAAAAAUCAUUUAAAAUUAAAAAAAAUAUAAAUUAAUUAAAACAAUUGCCUAUAAAAAAACACCAUUUAUAAUUAGAUUUUAAACAUUUCAUACUUGGAUUUUAAUCACAAUAAUAAAAUUUACAUAAAAACAAAUAGUUUUCUAGAAAUUUUAACAAACAUCCCCCUUAAUGUUUUAAGGAAAUUAAGUAUGUAGUAGUUUUAAAGAAAAAAAGGUAUUUUUGCACGAAAAACAUAAUAAAAACAAAUAAAAUUAGUUAAGAAUUGGUAAAUUAUUAAAAAAAAGCUGAUAAAUUAAAUCAACCAGUUUUAUUAAGCAGAGAAAGGGCCACACUUUUUUAAUUGUCAAAAAAAACAACCCUGUUUUAAAACCAGUUACCAGUGUGGCCCCUCUUUAGCUAUUAAAUACAGGGUAGUAUUUUUAUGUUUGUUAUGAGAUUUAUUUCUAUUUCUAAUUAUGAUUAUUUUUUACAAUUUUAUAUUGAAUGCUGCCUAGAGAAGAUGGUUUAUAAAUGAAAUAUUUUCCAGAAAAUAUUGUAUAAAAAAAGGCUUUAAAUAACAUGUUUUUAAAUGAUUUAUUGUUAAUUUAAACUUAUGUAUUUUGGUUCAUUUCUAAAAGGGAUUAAAACGCAAAAUUAGUUAGUUUAUUAAGAUCGAAAGAUUGUUUUUGUUUAAUAUAAAACUAGUUAGGGUUGUGAGUAAGUAAAAGAAACAGAAGGCGAAUUAAUAAGAAGAUCCUUUUAGUUACUAUGACAUACUUUUUACAUCACUUCUAUUAGAUAAAUAAAAUGAAAACAUUAAAAUUCUUAAGAAUUAUAAAGACACUUAUUUUUUAAGCACUUGUCUCAAGACACAUCUUUUUUAUACAUCUUUUUUUAUUUUAUCUUUUAAAUUAGUUUUUAAGUUUCAUUAUUUUAGGGUGAUAAAAACAAAAGUAUAGGUUAAUGAAUAAUUUGUAGGUCUGUUCUGGGAAGUCUGGUGUAUUAUUCAGACUGAAUAGUAGUUUAUUGCUCAGACUCUAGUCUAGCCAAUGGUUCACACCAUCGACUAGUCUAUUGCACAGUUUAUAGCCUAGUAUAUGGUUCAGACUAUAGGGCUAUCUAUUGUCCAGACUUUAGAAUAGUAUUUUUUACUGACUAUAGAUCAGUCUAUUAUCCAAGACUAUUCUAUUGUUCACACUAUAAAUUAGUCUCUUAACCAGACUAUAGAUUCCAAAACAGACCUGAUUAUUUGGUGCUUAAUUUAACAAUAACAUUUUUAUUAAAUAAAAUUUUAUGAUUUGUAAUUGUAUUGUAAUUGAAACCAUAAAAAACAAAUAUAAUCAAAAACCUUAAAACAAAUCUUAACAAAACAAAAUAUAUACUCAAUCUUAUACAACUAUAACCCCAUAUAACCUCUUUUUCCACUAUAUACUCCUCAUAUACUCAAAUUUAUUAAAAAAGGAAAUACAAAAUUUUUAAUGAAAAACUAAAUGAAAUCUUUUUUAAAAAAACUGUAUUACCACUUGUCACAAUAUAAAGAGAAAAGAACAAUUUUUAAACAAAAUAAAAACAAAACUCUAAAGGAGCACAAUUUAAAUAAAAAGAAAGAAAAAUAAAUAUUCUGAAUUUCAAACCUAAAGAAAAAAAAACUAAACAAGCUAAAAUCCACAUCAUAAUAAAAAUAUUAUAACUUAAACUAUAAUUUUCAAGAAAUUCAGAAUAUUUUUUUAUUGAAAAACUAAAUAAAUAAAAUAAAUUUUUUAAAAAACCCUUAUCAUAUAUAUAAAAAAAGCUUUUUAACACAUACGUAAGCCAAAAAUAACUUGAAAAAAUCUAAAUAAAUAUUAAAAACAAACCGCUGUUUUAAUAAACUAUAACUUUUAAAGCAAUUUAAUACAAACAAAUUUAAAACACAAGAAGUAUAACUUUUAAUUUCAAAAUGAUAAAUAUAAUUUAAUUAUUUAAAACAAAAAUACAACACAAAUCUUAUUAAUUAUUAAAUUAAUGUAUAUGAAAAAAAUUAACAACAAUUUAAUUGUUAUUUAAAAAAACAAAAGAAAUCAACAAAAACUUUGUUUCUAAUUUUUAAGAUUCUUUUUUUUAUAAAUAUUUGUAUUUUAUUUUUUUAUUAUUAAUUAAUAAAAACACUAUUGUAAAAUAUGUUUUUCAUUUUCAUAAUUAUAAUUACUAUUUUGCAUUGUUAUUAAGUAAAUUAAAUAUUAAUUAAACAAUUUAUGUUUGCAAAGGAUGUAUUAAAAAUGCAUAAAAAAAUAUAUAAAAAUUAAAUUAUCAUUAAUUAUGUACUGCUAAAUAAAACAUAAAAGAACGUUGAAGCAAAGCAAGGAAACCGACUACUGAGCAAAAACAA